AUGGGAUGUAACAUGUGUGUGGUGGAGAAACCCGAAGAACAAUAUAGGGUCAUGCUGCAGGUGAAUGGUCGGGAGUUGUCCCAUCUCUCACAGGAACAGACUCUCGAAGCCCUGCGGUGCUCUAAGGAGCCUCUGGUCAUUCAGGUUCUGAGGCGCAGUCCCCGCAGCCGGGGUGGGGGCAGCGAAGGGCCUGCCCCCCAAGGAGACCCUGCAACACUGGUAGAUAGUGGAACUCAGACGGACAUCACCUUCGAACACCUACUGGGGCUAGGCAGAGUGCGGCCUCCAAGCCCCCCAGCUGUAACAUUGGAGCCUUAUGGGCUGCCGGAACUUCCCUCAAUUGCACAUGAAUAUUAUGACCCUGUGGAAUUUAUGGAAAGUGGUGCCCCAGAGGGCGAGCGGGCAGAAGAGCUGGAGUAUGAGGAGGUGGAGUUGUACAAAUCCAGCCACCGGGACAAGCUGGGCCUGAUGGUUUGUUACCGAACUGAUGACGAGGACGAUGUAGGCAUCUACGUUGGAGAGGUCAACCCUAACAGCAUCGCUGCCAAGGAUGGACGCAUCCGGGAAGGAGACCGCAUCAUCCAGAUUAAUGGCAUGGAGGUGCAAAAUCGGGAGGAAGCAGUAGCAAUUCUCACCCAGGAGGAGCGGACAAACAUUUCUCUGCUGCUGGCUCGGCCUGAGACUGAGCUUUCCAAGCGCUGGAAAGACAGUGACCGAGAGGAUUUCUUGGAUGACUUUGGUUCUGACCAUGAAGCUGGAACGAAACCCCGACGGCUCCUUUCUCCACCAGCCCAGCAGAAUGAACCUCUACAAGAAAAGCCCCCUGGGGAUCCUGCUACACCCCUGACCAACAGCCAGGAGCUGGACAGUGGUGUUGGCCGCACUGAUGAAAGCACCCGCAAUGAGGAGAGCUCUGAACAUGACCUCCUAGGAGAUGAAGCACCCAGCGCUGCCAACACCCCGGGGAGCCUGCGCAAAUUUGGGCCCAGCCUGCAGCCCCGGGACUUUCACUACAGCAUGGACUCUCUACUGGCAGGGGAGCCACCUAGUGCUGUAGGCACUGACAUGAUGCCGGGACUUACUGAUGAAGAAUAUGAACGCUACCGUGAGCUGCUGGAGCUGAAGUGCCACCUAGAGAACGGCAAUGACCCUGGCCUUGUGAGUGCUGCACUGGAUGUCAACCGCAAUGAGGUGGCCCUACUGGAAGAGGAGCUCCGCCACCUGGAAUUCAAGUGCCGCAACAUCCUGCGAGCACAGAAGAUGCAACAGCUGCGUGAACGCUGCAUGAAAGCCUGGUUGCUGGAGGAGGAAGGGCUGUAUACCUUGGAUGGGGAACCCAAGAAACACGAGUUAUCUGACAUCACUGAACUGCCAGAACGCUCUGAUAAGGAUAGCACCAGUGCCUACAAUACUGGGGAGAGCUGCCGAAGCACUCCCUUGUUGGAGAGUCCUUUGCGCCGCCUGGCUGAGCCACCCAACCUCAACCGGACCGCUCCUCCUUCACCUCCACAGCCCAAAUUCCGACGGGAGGAGCGGGUACGACGCAGCCCCAAGGCAGCUGGGGAAGGCAGCCCCUACCUGAGUCGGCGGCAGCAGCAGCGGGAAGAGCCACCUGCUCCUAUCAGCCCUAUGAGCCUAGCCAGCAUAUGCAAAGACUCUCUUGGGGGCAAAGGAGAGCCCCGUAUGGAGUGGAAAGUGAAGGUUCGCAGUGAUGGCACACGCUAUGUGGCUAAGAGACCAGUGAGGGACCGGCUGCUCAAAGCCAGGGCCAUGAAGAUCCGUGAAGAACGCAGCGGCAUGACCACAGAUGAUGAUGCUGUCAGCGAGAUGAAGAUGGGACGCUACUGGAGCAAGGAAGAGCGGAAGCAGCACUUAAUCCGUGCCCGUGAGCAACGGAAGCGCCGCGAAUUUAUGAUGCAGAGCCGGCUGGAGUGCUUGAGGGAACGGGAAGGCAGUGAGGCUCGGGGGGGUAUCGGUGAAGUCAACAUCUUGGCCCUGAGCCACCGCAAAACCAUGAAGAAACGAAGUCGGCGUAUCCUGGACAACUGGAUCACCAUCCAAGAGAUGUUGGCACAUGGCACCCGCUCAGCAGAUGGACGCAGAGUUUACAAUCCACUGCUGUCUGUCACCACUGUUUGAGUGCAUGGAAAGGAACAACAGAGGGAGCUUGUUUGCUUUUUUCCUCCAGGUGUGCUGGAG